AAAAAAUAUAUAUUUUGGAAAAGAAUCGAACUCAUGCUUAUAUAUGCAUUUACUUGUAGGUGCGAGUGCACACAACCAAUGGGAAUGGAGAAAAGAAAGCUUAAAAUUCUUUGUUGGUUACUCAUGAUUCUUUGUUUAGCCCAAAUCCCAUCAAGAUUGGCUCUUGAAAACAUAAGAAUUGCACAUUCAAAAAGUCUAAGGGCUCUAGUCCAAGAAUCUCAAGGUUUAAGGAUAAUGACUUUGAAUGGCAACAGAGAACUCCUAGAACAAGAUGCUGUGAUGUUAGCAAAGGGACAAAAAGGAGGAAGGGGAAGCGGAGGUGGAACCAUUGAUCGUGUUCCUCAUAAAAGCAAGUCAUCGAAUGAAGCCCCUCGUCAAUUGGGAAUAUUUGUUGUGGGUGUUAGUUUUUGUAUUCUUCAAUUUAUAGUAUCAUAAAUAUAUUUUCAUUAUAAAGAGUUUUAUAAUCUAUGAUGUUUUGGGGGUUUGUUUGUUCAAGA